AACCCUCUUCAAAACGCCGACCAAACUCUGUAGAGUGGAUUCCAUAGUUAAACACUCACCUCUUUUCUUGGCCGUUUCUUAUUCACAAUAGUAAUUAUUGUUCAGUUAAUCAGACUAGCUUGUCUGUAGUAAAAGCGAUAACGACACAUUCAAGUUGCAAGCCAGUCCAUAAAGAUGUGUGCUUUACGUUAUUCGUCGUCUUGGCCUACCAAAGCCUAUGUAAACGGCCAGUGGUACGAUGCCAAAUCGGGUAAAACUUUUGACGUAAUCAAUCCGGCCACUGGAAAAGCUAUCGCCACAGUGCCAGAUUUGGAUGCGUCCGACGUGCAAGUGGCUAUAAAUGCUGCAAAUGACGCUUUCAAAACUUGGAAGAAAACAACGGCCAAAGAAAGAAGCGACUUGCUCAGAAACUGGUACAAUAUUUUGGUAGACAACAAAGAGUAUUUAGCCGAAAUUGUCACGGCUGAGGCGGGUAAACCGUUAGCAGAAUCGUUGGGCGAGGUGGCUUAUGGUAACUCGUUUGUCGAAUGGUUUUCGGAAGAAGCGAGACGGAACUACGGUGAGUAUGUUCCGAGUCCGAUUAAAAGUAAAGAAAUUCUUAUGAUCCGCCAGCCGUUAGGACCGGUAGGCCUUAUUACACCUUGGAAUUUUCCAAUAGCUAUGAUUACUCGGAAAGCUUCAGCCGCUCUCGCAGCAGGUUGUACUUGUGUGAUAAAACCGGCAGAAAAUACUCCAAUUAUGGCGUUAGUGUUGGCCAAGUUUGCCGAAGAUGCCGGUAUACCUAAAGGAGUAAUAAACGUUGUGACAGCGUCCCGAGCAAAUACGCCCCAAGUCGGACAGUUAUUAUGUGAAAGUCCGGAUAUUUAUGGAAUAUCGUUUACCGGUUCAACAGAAGUUGGUAAAUUAUUAUAUAAACAAUGCAGUAGUACAGUGAAACGCAUUGGCCUGGAACUUGGCGGAAAUGCACCUUUUAUAGUAUUUGAAGGUGCCGAUGUUGAUAAAGCCGUAGCCGGUGCAAUGGCCUCGAAGUUUAGAAAUUGUGGACAAACGUGUGUAAGUGCUAACAGAUUCAUUAUUCAAAACAAAAUAUUUCCGGAAUUCGUUACUAAACUCCAAUCGGCUAUGGAAAAAUUAGUAAUCGGUAACGGUAAAGACAGUGGUGUUAACAUGGGGCCGUUGAUUAAUAUGAGUCAAGUAGAGAAAGUAGAUAGAAUUGUCAACGAUGCCAAGAGCAAAGGCGCAACAAUCGUAAUGGGUGGAAACCGAGCACAGACUUUUGGAGAAAGAUUCUAUGAACCAACAUUAAUUACCGACGUUAAAGAAAACAUGGCGUGUUAUGUCGAAGAAAUUUUCGGACCCGUUGCGGUGUGUAUUGGAUUUGAUACAGAGGAAGAGGGUUUGAAAAUCGCUAAUAGUACAAACAGAGGUUUGGCCGGAUACUUUUACUCAAAUGAUUUAUCCCAAGUCUGGCGGGUAACUAAAGCCCUCGAAGUAGGUAUGGUCGGUGUUAACGAAGGCAUUAUAUCAUCGACCGAAGCAGCUUUUGGAGGUGUCAAAGAGUCUGGUCUAGGACGAGAGGGUUCAAGUCAUGGCAUGGAAGAAUACACAGAAAUCAAAUAUGUAUGUUUUGGAAACAUUCAGCAAGAAUAAAUACAAUGUUUGUUUCAACAAUCAAUAUUUGUCUUCCAUUAGAGAAAUUUAACGUCUUCCUUUAAAUUUAAGUCUUAAAUGAUAACUUUAUUAGUGUUACCUACUACUUUAAUUAUAUAUUAUAAUUUAUGUAUUGUUAUUGUAACCAAAUUUAUGAAUUAAAAUAUAAAAAUUUAUGAAUAUUAAUA